UGUGUCUCUCUCCCUUUCUGUCUGUUUGUCUGUCUGUCUCAACUCGGUCUCUCUCUCUCUCUCUCUCUCUCUCUCUCUCUCUCUCUCUCUCUCUCUCUCUCUCGCUGUCUCUCUGUCUCUCUGUCUGUCUCCCUCACUCUCUCUCUGUCUCUCUGGAACCCCUCGUGCUCUUUUAUCGGCUUCGGGUGCGUUCGGCUCUUUCCGUCUCCAUCAUCAUUCCUCCCGCGUCCGUGGCGGCUGAAGCCCUGCUCGUGGACGCGCGGAGCCGCAAAGGAGCUGGAGCGAUAGCAGAAGCCCCCCGUCUCCCCCUCACCGCGCUGUCCUCUCUACACCAGCUUCAUCCGUAGCUAUAUUCCCCCCCCUUCAUUAUUUUACUCGUCGUUUAUUUUUAUUUUUUUUUUAUCCCUUUCCCCCCACCCCUUUCUUUAUUUCUUUUCAUUUCAAUCAUGACACGAGUCGCAAUUUUGUGAACCUUGAACGACGGGGGGGAAAAAACAAACAAACAACCCAGAAGACCAUGAUGAAUUUGUCGGGUUUCCUGUUGGUACCCGCUUUAUGGGGACUCGCACUCGGUGGAUCCCCGAGCGUCCAAAUAGGCGGCCUGUUUCCGCGCGGUGCGGAUCAGGAGUACAGCGCGUUUCGGGUCGGGAUGGUGCAGUUCGGCACCGCCGAGUUCCGCCUCACCCCGCACAUCGACAACCUGGAGGUGGCCAACAGCUUCGCCAUCACCAACUGCUUCUGUUCGCAGUUUUCCCGGGGCGUCUACGCCAUCUUCGGCUUCUACGAUAAGAAGUCCGUGAACACCAUCACGUCGUUCUGCGAGACGCUGCACGUGUCCUUCAUCACGCCGAGUUUCCCCGCCGACGGCCUCAACCAGUUCGUGCUGCAGAUGAGGCCUGACAUCCGCGGCCCUCUGAUCAGCCUGGUCGAGUACUACAAGUGGGAGAAGUUUGCGUAUCUGUACGACAGUGAUAGAGGCUUGUCCACUUUGCAGGCCGUCCUGGACACGGCGGCUGAGAAGAAAUGGCAGGUGACGGCUAUAAACGUGGGCAACCUGAAGGACGAGAGGAAAGACGAGGCCUACCGCUCGCUCUUCCAGGACCUGGAGAAUAAGAAAGAGAGGAGAGUGAUCCUGGACUGCGAGCAGGACAAGGUCAAAGACAUCAUGGAGCAGGUCAUCACGAUCGGUCGUCAUGUGAAAGGAUAUCAUUACAUCAUCGCUAAUUUUGGCUUUUUGGACGGAGACCUAUCGAAGAUUCAGUAUGGGGGCGCGAACGUGUCCGGCUUUCAGAUCGUGGAUUUCGACGACCCUCUCGUCGCUAAGUUCGAUCAGCGCUGGGAGGCUCUGGAGGAGAAAGAGUACCCCGGGGCAGACAGCAAGAUCCGAUACACCUCUGCUUUGACGUACGAUGCGGUUCAAGUGAUGACCGAAGCCUUCCGCUUCCUCCACAAGCAAAGGAUCGACAUCAGUCGUCGUGGCAACAACGGGGACUGCCUGGCCAAUCCGGCUGUACCGUGGGCUCAAGGGGUGGAGAUAGAACGUGCUCUUAAGCAGGUGCGAGUGGACGGACUGACAGGAAACAUCCAGUUCGACCAAUACGGCAAGAGAGUGAACUUCUCAGUCAACAUCAUGGAGCUGAAAAACAGCGGGCCAGUAAAGAUUGGCUACUGGAAAGAGGUGGACAAAAUGGUGGUCACCAAAUCCGACCUCUUCCCCAACGACACCUUUGGGAUGGAGAACAAGACGGUUAUCGUGACGACCAUCUUGGAGGCACCGUAUGUGAUGUUAAAGAAGAACGCAGAGUUGUUCACGGAUAACGAACGCUACGAGGGAUACUGCGUGGACCUGGCGGCUGAGAUCGCAAAGCAUUGCGGGUUUAAGUAUCAGCUGAAGAUUGUGGGAGACGGGAAGUACGGCGCUAGAGACGCAGAUACGAAGAUCUGGAAUGGCAUGGUUGGCGAAUUGGUGUACGGGAAAGCGGACAUAGCCGUAGCGCCUCUGACGAUCACGCUGGUCCGUGAAGAGGUGAUCGACUUCUCCAAGCCCUUCAUGAGCCUGGGAAUCUCCAUCAUGAUCAAGAAACCGCAGAAAUCCAAGCCGGGCGUCUUCUCCUUCCUGGACCCGCUGGCCUAUGAGAUCUGGAUGUGCAUCGUGUUCGCCUACAUCGGCGUUAGCGUCGUGCUCUUCCUCGUUAGCCGCUUUAGCCCGUACGAGUGGCACACCGAGGAGUUCGAGGACGGCCAGCUCGGGCCCAGCGAGUCCAAUAACGAAUUUGGGAUCUUUAAUAGUCUGUGGUUUUCUCUGGGCGCUUUUAUGCAGCAGGGAUGCGAUAUUUCGCCAAGGUCACUAUCUGGGCGUAUAGUUGGUGGUGUGUGGUGGUUCUUCACCCUCAUCAUUAUCUCAUCUUACACGGCCAACCUGGCUGCUUUCCUCACCGUGGAGAGGAUGGUGUCCCCCAUCGAGAGCGCCGAGGAUCUCGCCAAGCAGACCGAAAUCGCCUAUGGAACCCUUGAUGCCGGUUCAACCAAAGAGUUCUUCAAGAGAUCAAAGAUCGCCCUGUUUGAGAAGAUGUGGCAGUACAUGAAAAGCGCCGAGCCUUCUGUCUUUGUGAAGAACACGGUGGAAGGCGUGCUGCGUGUUCGCAAGUCCAAGGGCAAAUACGCCUACCUGCUGGAGUCCACCAUGAACGAGUACAUCGAGCAGCGCAAGCCGUGUGACACCAUGAAGGUCGGAGGCAAUCUCGACUCCAAGGGCUACGGCAUCGCCACGCCCAAAGGAUCUGCUUUAAGAAACGCGGUAAACCUUGCGGUGCUAAAACUGAACGAGCAGGGGCUUCUGGAUAAAUUGAAAAACAAAUGGUGGUACGACAAAGGAGAGUGCGGCAGCGGAGGCGGGGAGUCAAAGGAGAAGACGAGCGCUCUGAGCUUGAGCAACGUUGCGGGGGUCUUCUACAUCCUGGUGGGCGGCCUCGGCCUGGCCAUGCUGGUGGCGCUGGUGGAGUUCUGCUACAAGUCGCGUGCUGAGGCCAAGCGCAUGAAGGUUGCCAAGACUCAAGCCCUAAAUCCCCCCACUUCCUCGCAGAAUUCUCAGAAUUUUGCCACUUAUAAGGAAGGGUACAACAUGACGUUCACCGAGGCCAUGCGCACUAAGGCCAGGCUUUCUAUAACUGGCAGUAUUGGGGAGAACGGGAGAGUGCUGACUCCGGAUUUCUCUAAAGCCGUGCACGCUGUGCCCUACAUGAGACCAGGCAUGGCAAUGCCUCUUAACGUGAGCGAGCUGUCCUGAGUGCCUUACACACCAACACACACACACAUGUUCAGACUUUUACACACAUCCUCAAAGCAUACAUUAACAUUCACUUGACUUGCUACUAAUGACUUAAAAUCACGCCGAUGUGCUACACAUUUACGUAUACCGUAUUUUCCGGACUGUAAGAUAUCAUUUUCGCCAUCCCUAACGUUUCUACAUUAGUCCAAUCUAAUCGACCCUUUAUUGUGAUUAUAAACAAGACAUAUAUAAAACCUUGACUCAUCCUCGAGGUUGAGUCGAUUCUCCGAUUCAGUGCAGUUCAAUUCCACGAUGAGCAACGCGUUCGGUUAUUAAAGUUCAAACCCAGCCAAUGUAACGACAAAUUCAAGGCCAACGCUGGCAAAAUACUGUGUACCAAAAUGAACCAACCGGUAAGCUCAUCGAUAAAUUGAGUGGAAUUGACUCUUUGAAUCAACUCCGCCGAUUUCCAACAAAGACAUUUCUGAACUUGAACAGCACCGAUUAGAAAAAAACAAACAAAACUAGCUAAUGUUUUGAAUUUUUUUUCCACGCAAGUUGUUUUCCUCUCACUUUACGGCAUUGUCUGUGAAAGAUAAGACUCACUAUUCUGCAAAAUCGACACCGGGCCGAUGAGAUAACGAUAAACGAUUCAUCGUGGUGGCCAACUUGACAAAAACAUGUCUAGAUAGUUAUCUAGAUUUACUCAGUUGAAGUAAUUCCUCGAAAUCCAUAAGCUAGCUUGCAUUAAACGUAUAACGUAUAAAGCAUAUAUUGGAAGUCGUCCAUUUGUUAGGGUGUUUACGGUAGCUGUGCUAGUUCAGCAGUUCUUACUUAUUUCAGCGUGGCUAUUUGGGUAUAUUUCCAAGCCUGACAGCGGGAUUAAGAUCGGGGAAACAGAACUACAGCAACACUAAUGAGACAAAAACGAAACCACUCUGUACAAGUAUGUGUUUUAGAGUCAGUUUUUUGUAGAAUAAAAAAAUGUGUUUUAGAGUCAGAUAUUAUGUAGAAUAAAAAUGGCUUAUACAUUCAUUCAACAACAAAGUAGUGUAUUUAUUGAUUUGUGUCUGGAAAAUAUGGUAUAUGCAUAUAUUUACUUACAUGCAUACACAUCUUAUCGAUAAGUUUAUACAUUUAUAUCACAAGAACUUACAAACAGAGGAACACACACUACACACACACACACACAUACGAUACUUGUACAUACACAUCAUAGAAAAAUGUACAGAUGCAAAAUGAGAAGUUUGGUUUACACAUGCACGAUGUCCACACACGAUCAGGACACGUUGACUUGUGCUCACGCUCUCUCUUACUCAAUUCCUAUUGAGAUUUUUCACAACAAACACGUUUUUUUUCGCCUCUCGGAUUCCAGGAAACACAAGCACACUUGAAUCAUCUGCAUCCAGCGUGGCUUUCUUUUGUUCGGUUCUAACAUGAAAUAUAUAUAUAUUUAAAAAGGGGGGGGGGGGGGGGGGUGUUUUUUUUUUUUUUUUUUAAAUAUAUUUUUCAAGAAACACACACACACACACACAAAAAAAAAGAAAUAACGGCGAAGAGCCUGCAUCCAUAUUGUAAAAAUACUGUUACGAAAUUGUUUCAAAGCCAGACAAUUGUUUCGAGUUCAUUUAACGUAGGUGCAGUGUUUGAGCAGAAUCGUUUGUCAUACGAAUUAUAUAUUGAAAAUAUAUAUUGACCAUGUAAAUAUCUAUACUUUUGUCCUUUUGGUGUUACAAUGGCUGA